AACUGUUUUGUCAAUCGAUUACACGGCAUCGGUCGUCGUCGUACGGUUUUUGUUCCGCUGCCUGCCAGACGUUCUUAAGAAAAUAGUUGCAUUUACGCAAGAAACUUUCGAUCAAUUAGGCUUAAUUUAUUCAACCAACUUACAAAAUGACGCACCUUUUCGAAAUAGUUUAUCUAGUCGUAGCUGUUAGCUUAAAUUUCAACAUUGAUUCGACUUAUGCUGCAAGGAACAACAAAUAUGUGACAUGUGGAUCGGUGCUCAAGUUGCUCAACGUAGACUAUCGGGUGCGGUUACACUCUCACGAUGUCAAGUAUGGUACCGGUUCCGGGCAGCAAUCGGUGACGGCGACGGAACUGCAGGAAGACGUAAACAGCCACUGGGCCAUCAAGGCGGCCACCGGAAAGCACUGUGAAAGGGGGGAACCUGUGAAAUGCGGUGACACUAUCCGACUGCAUCAUCUGUCGACAAAUAAGAACCUUCAUUCGCAUCAUUUCCAGAGUCCACUAUCCGGAAAUCAGGAAAUUUCAGCUUAUGGCGAUGAACAAGGAACCGGGGACAGUGGCGACCACUGGAUGGUAGUGUGCUCUGGUGAUUCGUGGCAACGUAACAGUCCGGUUAAGUUGCGGCACAUCGAUACGGAUGCCUAUCUUUCCUGUUCCGGGCGUACCUUUGGAAGGCCCAUCAAUGGCCAGAUGGAAGUGGUUGGUGUGUCGAGCCCCUACAGCGGUACAGACUGGACUGCUGCCGAAGGUCUGUUCGUACAUCCGACGGAAAAUGAAUCCACCCCACGGCACACUGAACUGUAAGCCGUUUACCGAAUGUAGGCAGGAGUAGGAGUUUGAUUGCGCGAGCUGUGAAUGGUUGACGAGAGGCAUUGUAGUGUGUAAUCUUCGAUAGGAAAAUAAAACCAAACAGAAACAAUAGCUGGUACGAUCGAAAGAUUC